UACAGACAGUGUGUGUGUGUGUGUGUGAGUGGAGCUCGCCGGCUCAUGCCAAAGCAAAGCUGCAUGUACGUUUUGUUUUUGUAAGUUCUCGUGUGGUUUUUUAUUCGUUUCGUGGUUCUAGAAGAAACGGUUAACUAUCCAAGGACUGAUUUGUUUUUGUUUUACUAACCAAUGCGCUAUUUUGAGGCCACGUUGGUUUCCUUUUAAGGCCUUAUGUACGGGUCAUUUUAAAACCGUUUACCCGCCUGGACAAAGCAUUUAUCACACGAUUAAUUUAAUUUGGGUCGCCUUUUAUAAUUCGAGGGAGUAUUAUGGCUGUUGAGUGGUCUGUCUGAGGAUAUCCGUUUCUCCGUCAUGACGCUGGAGACUGUACCGAUCACGGAGAGCUCCGCUGCCCAGGGUUUCUGCUCCUGCUGCGGGGCAAAAAUCAUGCCGUACUUCACCGACAACGCGGUCGCUUCUCAAAACCAGAUCAACCAGCUUAUCAGCGAGAACUUCCUAACUGUGAAAGGUGCCGCCCUCUUCCUCCCGCGGGGAAAUGGCUCCUCCCCUUCUUCAGCGCCCCGCAUCACACAGCGGCGCAACAAACACACAGGUGACCUUCAGCAGCAUUUGCAGACCAUGUUCACCCUGCUGCGUCCAGAGGACACUAUUCGCCUGGCUGUCCGGUUAGAAAGUGCUUAUGCUGUCCGUACACGGUACAUGGUGAUCAUUUCCACCAAUGGUAGACAGGACACUGAAGAAAGUGUGGUGCUGGGAAUGGAUUUCAGUAAUUCAGACCGAACUUGCACAGUUGGGCUGGUUUUACCCUUAUGGAGCGAUACACUUAUACACUUGGAUGGAGACGGUGGCUUCAGCGUGUCCACCGUUAACCGUGUCCAUGUCUUCAAACCAGUCUCCGUGCAGGCCAUGUGGUCAGCCUUGCAGUCCCUGCAUAAGGUUUGUGAGGUUGCCCGAUGUCAUAACUACUACCCCGGCAGUCUCUUCCUGACCUGGGUUAGUUACUAUCAGAGUCGUGUGACCUCCAAUCAGCACUGCAUCAAUGAAUGGAACGCAAUGCAAGACGUGCAGUCCCAUCGCGCAGACUCGCCCGUGCUGUUCACUGAUGUGCCAACUGAGAGAGAGCGAACGGAGAGACUGAUUAAGACCCGCUUGAGAGAGAUCAUGAUGCAAAAGGACUUGGAGAACGUCACUUCAAAAGAGAUUCGGACUGAGCUAGAAAUGCAAAUGGUUUGCAACCUGCGAGAGUUCAAGGAGUUCAUUGACAAUGAGAUGAUCGUCAUUCUGGGCCAGAUGGACAGUCCCACUGAGAUCUUUGACCAUGUUUACCUGGGUUCAGAGUGGAAUGCCUCUAACCUUGAGGAGCUCCAGAACAGCGGGGUUCGCUACAUCCUGAAUGUGACGCGAGAGAUUGAUAAUUUCUUCCCCGGGCUAUUUGAGUACCACAACAUAAGAGUGUAUGACGAGGAGGCCACAAACCUCCUAGAGUAUUGGAACGACACCUACAAGUUCAUUUCAAAAGCCAAGAAAGCAGGGGUGAAGUGUCUAGUGCACUGUAAGAUGGGAGUGAGUCGUUCUGCUUCCACCGUGAUUGCUUACGCUAUGAAGGAGUAUGGCUGGGACCUGGAGAGAGCCUUUGACCAUGUGAAGGAACGGCGCUCUGUCACCAAACCAAACCCGUCAUUCAUGAAGCAGCUGGAAGAGUACCAGGGUAUCCUGCUUGCCAGCAAACAGAGGCAUAACAAGUUGUGGCGUUCCCACUCAGACACUGACCUCUCGGAUGGUCACGAGCCACUGUGCAAGUCCCCUCGUUCACUGGACCGCUCAGAUCCUCACAACAACAACGAUUCUCCUUCUAUCCAGCAGAUGCUGGGCAUUGCUGUGCUCGAAUCCCUUACCAAUCCCCGGCCUGUUGCAUGCAACACCCAUAAUAAAUCGUGUGAGACACCCUCAAAGUUGGCACAUGAGGACCUCUUCCUCCGUCCACAACCAAGACAACGAGCUGCCACAGUGGGCUCUAAGCAGAGGAACUCCACUUUGAACCUUGCGGUGGGAGAGCCUGUUUCUCAUCAUCACCCACCUCCUGCUCUACACGUCCUCGAUUCUCCUCUUUUACCAGAGAAGAGAGGAGGAGACACAACUCCAGACCUCGGUGCCCAGUCCUCUCACCAAGUGCCUGAACCAAAAACAGACUGUGUUGAGUUGUCCCCCGACAUGCCUGAUCAGAAUGACUCUUAUCAAGUGUCACAAAGUUUAGAACUGUGUCUGGAAAGUGCUGUCGGUAUAGAUGAAGGGAAUCUGCUUUCUUCAAGCACGCCUGAGGCUGACAGCCCCUCAGAAGCCCCUGCUGUACCAGAGUUUGUCUCCAGUGAUGAUAACAACAACCCUAAUGCAGCAGAUCUAGGAGAGGCAGACGACUGUGCGGAUGCCAGCGUGUCUCGCCUCAGCACAGAUAGCAUUGACUUUUUUAGUGCCAGAGAAAAGUUCCUCUGCCUGUCCCAGGACAAUCACCCUUGCUUACUUUCUGAAACAACUGCAGUGCAGUCGCCUCAGUCCAGAUGCACCCCACCCUUGGAUGACCCCAGCGAGGAAGCUGAGGAGUGCCACACCCACUCAGAGGAGCAUAGCGAUGCAGUGCCCCAACCCUCUGCUCAUGACAGUACUGUGUCUGUGCGUCAUAUAGUUACUGAACUGGAAUCCACAUCACAAACCUGCAGUCUGCCACUGGCACACACCUCACCUCAGACUACAACACUGGAAGAGGAGGAUGAGGAAGCGGCUCCAGCUCCUCACUCUCUCUCCGACAGGCCCUCAGGAUCCGUGCGCCGGGUGACCGAGCAGUUGGAGCUUAUACUUCGUCAGGGUCAAGAGAUUCCUUUCUCUCGUUCACCUCUUCCUUCCCCAUGUUUGGACUGCACACAGUCUUACUCUGAUGAGCCAGAAGACUCUACUGCCCUGUCCCAAAAGACUACACAGGGAAAAGGAGAUGACACCAAAGUGCUUGAUGAUGAAGACUCUGGUAUAAUCCCUGAUCCUUCCUUCUCUGUGUUUCUUGAAGGGAGUGUUUCAUUGGAGGCCGAUCAGAUCACUUUGAACCCCACUCUUGAGCCCAGCUCUUGUUCUUCCUCCCUGUUGUGGCUAGAAGGAGUAACUGAGCUGGAGACAGAUGUAGACGACCCGUUAAGACCUCAAGUGCGGCUAGCACGUAGCAGUGAGGAUUUGCAGAAAAUCCAGGAGACUCUCAGAGAGCUCCAGGCAUUUUUAUAUGAAGCUGGAGGACUGGGAGUCAGCCCUGGACAGGUUGAGGAAAACCAGUCAUCUGAUGGCGAUGGGGAGCAGCAGUUUGAACCCAAAGCACCAGCAGUGUGGCAGAGAGCCAUGGAAAUUGAGGCCCGCAUUAGACAAGCCGGCCUCACCACUCCCUCGCUCAUGAAACGCUCUGCCUCACUUGCUAAACUGGACCGACUAGAGCUGUCUACUAAUGAUUUGAGCGACUGGGACUUCCACCCAGCUUCCACAGGGCUUUAUCAGCCCUCCUUUUCCUCUUUGUCCACCUUUCACUCCUUGCCACCGACCCACAGCCAUGAUGACGCUCAUAAGAAGCAGCGCGUUCUACCUCAGAGCCCUUCAACCCCUGAUUCUGCAGUCCAGUUGAUGGAUGCAGGCAGGACAGAAGGCUCCGCCCACCUUUUACCCUCAUGUAUACAGAAGACCCAAGUGGGCGGAGCCAGCUCCCCAGAACACGUCCCCAUUCAGUCCACUGUUUCCUUGUCCACACGGCAACCGCAACAUGUGAAGACUCACCCCGUUCGCCGCUUGCGCAAAGCGUUGGACAAGAAAAAGACAGUCACUGUUUUGUACAACACCAUGUGACCAUUACUGAACGUUCACUCGCUGUUUUUGUCAGUGUAACGAACUUUCUCUGACUGCAAUUUAGGUUUUAUUCAGUGAAGUCUAAGCUAAAUUAGUGUGCUACUGAAGGUGUGAAUGAGGUCACGUGUGAGCGAGUGUAUGUCAGUUUUUUUUGUUCAGAAACUUUCAGGUAGCAACUCAAACAAGGGGGUUGUUUCUUACAACAUGCACUUUACUCUCUUGUUGAACUUUUUUAUUGUUUUAUGUUUCGUUUUUUUAGAUAGCAUUUUUAUUUGUGUAUUUUGCACUGGCUUGAACGGUAGAGUUGACUGUAUGUCUGACAGCAUGUGGAGUCAUGAUUCUGUUUGAAACCAAGGUAAACUUGACAACUUUUUUUAUCCUGUGCUUUAGCUGUGACUAUUAUAAAAUAAAACUGCACUAUUUUAA